AGCAAGUCUUGCAGGCUUAUUAGCUACGUUAUCCUUCUUCUAUUAUCUAUGCGUAAGACAAAUGACUAUAAGGUGUACAAGAAGUAACAAUUUCAACAAUGCAGAAGUACUAUCAGCAGGAUGGCCGCCUGAAGCUGUAGGUGCAUUGCCCAUAGUAGGUCAUCUUCUUCAGCUAGUAGGAUCUACGCCACCUUUGUUCAAAAAACUUAGGGACAUGUCUGACAAAUACGGACCUAUCUUCAUGGUUCGGCUUGGUAUGUACCCAACCCUGGUGGUGAGCAGUUGGGAGAUAUGUAAAGAAUGCUUCACUACGAACGACAGGUUCCUCGCUGACCGUCCAUCUGCUGCUUCUUCAAAUAAGCACCUCACUUUCGCCAUGUAUGCUUUUUCGAUGUAUGGUUCUUACUGGCGGGAGAUCCAUAAGAUCUCUACCAUCCAUUUACUCUCACAAAGGCGUAUCCAAUUGUUCAAGCAUAUUCCCUACUUGGAGACUUCUGACUACAUAAAACGAUUACAUCAACGCUGGAUGAAAAGCCAAAGCCAACAAAAUAGUACAAUAGCUUCGACAGGUUUGGUUAAAGUCGAUAUGACCCAAGUUUUUAGAGAGCUAACCUUGAAUGUGAUGUUGAAAGUAAUAGUCGGAAAGUCGAUUUUUAUCAAGAACAAAGACGAUCAUGAAGACGCCACCGUAGGUUAUCAUAACAAGGAGGAGGAACAAGAAGGUAUUAAACUCCACAAGACCAUCAUAGAAUUCUUCACACUAGCAGGGACUUCGGUUGCAUGUGAUGUUCUUCCAUUCCUUGGGUGGCUGGAUGUCGAUGGACAAAAAAGACACAUGAAGAGAGUAGCCAAGGAGAUGGACUUGUUUGCUUCCAUAUGGCUUGAAGAGCAUCGACAGAAAAAGAGACUCCAAACGUGGAAAACAGCAACAGGAGGCACUAAUAAUAAUCAUGAUGAUGAGAACGACUUCAUGUACGCAAUGAUGUCAGUUCUUGAUGAAGAAAAUGGUAAUCUGUUCUUUGGUUACAAUCGUGAUUCUGUCAUCAAAGCAACCUGUCUGCAACUUAUAUUAGCUGGCUCAGACAGCACAUCAAUUACGUUGACAUGGGCACUCUCAUUACUACUUAGCAAUCCUAGUGCCUUAAGGAAGGCUCAAGAUGAGCUUGACAACAAAGUUGGCAAGAACAGAAAUGUAGAGGGGAGUGAUAUCAAUGACCUCGUCUACCUCCAAGCAGUCGUCAAGGAAACCCUCCGGUUGUACCCUCCUGGGCCACUCUCCCUAGCUCAUGAGGCUAUAGAAGACUGUAAUGUAGGUGGGUACAAAGUGAAAGCAGGCACCCGUCUGUUCGUCAAUCUGUGGAAACUGCACCGUGAUCCUCGUGUGUGGUCAAACCCAUUAGACUUCAAGCCAGAGAGGUUUCUUCCAAAUUUCGAUGGCGAUGGUGUUUGUGGUGAAGCGGCAAACAUGGAUUUCCGUGGUCAAGAUUUUGGCUACAUACCAUUUGGAUCAGGGCGAAGGAUGUGCCCAGGGAUCAACUUCGCCAUCCAAAAUAUUCACAUGGUGUUAGCUCGCUUCCUUCAUGCAUUCGAUUUCACCGCAGCUGGAGGACUAGAAAUAGACAUGCCGAUGGAAGGUUCGGGUUUAACAGUGCCCAAAGCAACUCCACUUGAAGUUCACAUUAUCCCACGGCUCCCUGUCACACUUUACUUGUAGUAACGAAUAUUUAAGUGUGUCCUUGUAUUAUUAUUAUUAUUAUUAUUAUUAUUAUUAUUUUUAUUA